GUAAAUGUUUCGUAGCUUCAUGAAGCAGUGCUUCGAACACGACCGUCAUUCAUUACAUCAAGGUCAUUCACUAGUUCGCCGUUAAAAGAAGAAGAAGCAAACCUCAUUGCCGAUUUUAACUUCACCGGAAGAUGAGUGAAUAACACUGACCGGGUCAUUUAACUGAAAAGAAGCAUUUGACCUUUCGUGACAGGGUUAAUUCUGUGUUGUCGGUUUUCGUGUGACAUGCUGCGAAGGGGAUCGGGUGACAUCUUACGCAUUUACACCGCAGCAGUGCUCAUGCGGUUCUGUUGUGGAUAUGCAAAGAUAAAUGUGAAGACUGUUUUCAAAGGACAAACAGUGAUGGAACCGGUCUUGAAAAAAUCUGCACUUGAAAUCGACGAUCAACUGUUUACAUUUUUCCAAGGAAACUCUACCUCCAAACUGUUGUUUGCAGAAUACUUCUGUGAAAAUGGAAUAUGUGACAACUUACAAACAGGAGGCCAGUUCAAGGUACAAGGAGAAGAUAUUGUACUGGUCAUAAAGAAUGUCAACAUUACCAACUCAGGCGAGUACUGUGUGUCUCUCAAUAAUCUUCAAGUCGUGUGCACUUUCACUCUUGAAGUCCAAGAAUCAACAGACCAAAAGAAGAACACCACUGAGAAAGAGAUCUUUCUGUCUUCUGUUUUAGCCUGGUUGAUUCCUGUUAUCAUAAUCGCUGUCGUUCUUCUGGCCAUUAUUGGUGUCAUCUGCUUGAAGAAGAAAAUGUAUCCUGGAAGAGAACCUCCUGCAAAUCAACAUGAGCUAACGAAUCCGUCUGAGCCCGUUGAGCCCAAAUGCUGCCUGGUGGUGUAAGAAAAAGACACAGCCUUAAAGAUGCAUACACUACUGAUGUUUUACAACAUAAAUCUUACUCUGAAGGCCCCUUCACACUAAAUAUUUGCCAAAUAUUGAUCAACAGUCCAAAAGCAAACAUGUAUAGGAAAAUAGGAGUUUUUAUUCACUAAGGAUGGGUUGUACCAACAAGGAUUAGUCUUAAAUCUGGUUUAAAUUGAGGCAUAUUUAAUAAUUUUGUUGCACCAAACUUGAAAUCUUGUUCAGGGUUACAUUUAAACCAUAAUUUUGAUCCAGGUUUAAAUUUGACAGUAAACCUAGAUUAUCUUUAAUCAUGUUGCUCCAUUACUUUAAACUCUGUUUUAAAUCUCAGUUAGGGAUUAAAUUUAAAUGUGCAUUUGAGGAGGUUUAAAUAAAAAACCUACAAUUAAAUGUGUAGCUAAAUGAUUCGAAACAGACAGCACGAGCAUGGUGGUGCUAUUCAAAAAUGUGUUUAUUAUAAUGAACAGACAUGGCAGCGCUUCAUGACAAGUGAACACAUCUUGUUCAUUACAUCAUUACAUUGUUUUAAUAAAUUGUGAAUGUUUUUAUCUUGAAUCAGCCCGUUAGAUUACCGAUGUAUUUUCUAUGCCUGUGUAAACUUUAUUUCCUUUUUGAAUGACAACGUCAACAUUGUUGCUGUUUAAUUACACCAGCAAAUUAAUUGUGGCGGGCAAAAUAAAUCACAGAUGAAGGUUUUAAUACAGGUUUAAGUUUAGAUUUGGUAAUUAGUGUUUACAUUUAAGUGGUGCAACACAACUCGAAUUAAAAUUAAACUGAGAUCAACAAACCCUAGAUUAGAUCUAAACUUUGCUUUAUUUAAUCCUUGUUGGUGUAACCCAUGCACCCUUUAUCAGUGGUAGCCAGAUCACCUCCUAAAGGGUUGCCAGAGUUAAACUCUAAACCCUGCACUGCAAAAAAUUACUUUCUAACUUAGUAUUUUUGUCUUGUUUUCAGUAUAAAUAUCUAAAAAUCCGUUUCCUUGCUGAGAAAAAUGACCUAAGAAAAUAAGUCUAGUUUUAAAGCAAAAAAUAUCAAAUUUAAGUGAAUUUGUGCUUAAAACAACAAAAACAAAUACCAAUGGGGUGAAAAAAAAGUUUACCUUUAUUCAACCCCACUGGCAGAUUUUUUUUAAAUAUUUUUUUUGCUUGUAUUAAGCAUAAAUUGACAUACAUUUUUUAUUUUUUAUAUAUAUUUUUAUGAAAAUACAUCUUGAUUUUAAGAAUUUUUAGAUAUUUGUAAUAAAAUCAAGACAAAAAUACUACGUAAGGAAGUCAUCAACUAACUGACUUGAAUUGUCUAGUAGUCCAAGUGCUCAGCAUUGGGCAGCCCAUUUAAAUGUGAACAUGGUCAUGAUAUUAGCCAGUUGGCCAUUACAAAGGAUAAGGCCAAAUGUUUUGCUUUUGAAAAUGAGAGAACCCAGUUAAGCUAUUUCUCAGGUAGCAUUAAUAUCAACACUGCAAAAAUGACUCAAAACAUUUCAAUUUCUACCCCUUCAUUAUUAGAACCAGCAAGUAUUCCUCUCUAAACAGAACCCCUUUGGUUAAACCACUGCUGCUGUGUCUUAUACAGGUCAAUAUUUAACACUGUGUAACAUUUUUGCAUUGAUCUGAUGUUUAUAUCAAAAAUUAAUUGUGAAAGUUUUUUAAGCUAUGCAUGUUUUUAUCUGUGUGUGUUUUGUAUUGGUAUCAUCCUUCGCUGCUAUUGCAAUGCUUUAUUGCUUAAGCUAUCUGCUAGUGUUUUUUCUGUAUGGUGCCUUUUAUAGAGUUUAAACAAGUGAUUUGCUUUGUCAGUAUUUAUGCCUAAAGGGAACCUUAUUGUUAUUUGAGUAGGGCUGCAACUAACGAUUAUUUUAAUAAUCGAUUAAUCUGUCGAUUAUUUGUUCGAUUAAUCGAUGAAUCGGAUAAAAAACAAGAAAAGCAUUCAUUUCCAACCCCUUAUUCAAAACAGAACUAAAAUCUUUAGAAAUUGCACAAACAUGUUGCUCCUUGAACACACCUGAGCUGUUACAAUAAUAAUAAAAUAAAAUAAAAAUGGACUAACACAAAAAAAUACACAUGUAUGCUUUACAUCUGCCAAAUAUAUAGACUUUUUAUGAUGCAUUUCCCAUCAAGAAGCCUCUCUUGAUGGGAUCAAAAAGAUAGUAUAUGAGUACACUCUCAGAAAUAAAAGUACAAAAGUUGUCACUGGACAGUACCCUUUUAAAAAGGU